AUGGUCCUGAAGCAUGAGAACCAGCAUUACUGGGUGAAAGCUGGUGGAAUGCGCAUUGUGCAGAAGCACCCGCAUUCGGGAGACACCAAAGAAGAGAAAGACAAGGACGACCAGGGAUGGGAGAGUCCCAGCCCACCCAAACCGACCGUGUUCAUCUCCGGUGUGAUCGCCCGGGGCGACAAAGACUUCCCACCGGCGGCCGCCCAGGUGGCUCACCAGAAGCCCCACGCCUCCAUGGACAAGCACCCCUCCCCGAGAACCCAGCACAUCCAGCAGCCUCGCAAGUGAACGGCGAGGCCCCAGCGCCCCCACCAGCAGUGCCUCGAUAUCCCGACCUUUGGUAUCUCCCCGGCAGAGACAAUUGGCGUUUUCUUCAACCCGCUGCUCCCCUGGGAAAUCUAAGACAAAGUGAAGCGCCCCGUCCUUUGCCUUAAAUUUCCGUGUCUGACACUAGAAAGGAUCUGACCCCAAACCUCGUUUGCAGGGAGUCCUGGUUGAUGUCGUUUGAGGGUCAGCGUGCCCCUGUACGUGCCUUUAGCAGAACUUGCCGAGACCUAAGUGAAGUGUUCAAAGCCCAGCUUUACUUGUACGUCAGCAGUCAUCGAGGGCGCAGGUUUGGGAGGACGAGAUUAAGGCUGGAGGGAAAGUGGACCAUUUCAUGCUUUUUAGUAACAGGACAACGCGUCUUAACACCUAGGGGACGCAUUUCAGAAUCACAGGGGCGCGUUUCAGAAAGGCAGGGCAAGGCAGGCUUUUGAAAGUGGCACCAGCGUUACUGAAUUCUCCUUCCCGUGUGACAGGGGGUCGCUGUAGGGGGACACCAGGUACUCCUGGGAAAAGCCAAAGAGAAGCUCCCGUCUUUGAAAUGGCUUUUUAAUCCCAGGAGCCACCUUCUGGAGAAGGAGAUCGUAGACCGUCUGUGCAAAGGGAACAGCUCCAGAAUGAGAUCUCCGUGUGCGUCCCAAACCCGGCACGGCCCCGAUCCAGACCGCCUCCAGCGGGGCAAUCAGGCAAACCCGCGUUUCUCGUCAUCCCCUCUAGAGCCGCUUUUGAGUUCUAGAAGUGACCACGGACCGGUGGAGGAGUAGACGUAAAGCUAGUUCUGGAACACCAAAGCAAGAGCGUUGUGGAAAGAGCAGAUGAAACUCUGCCUAGAAGAAGGUAGAAACACCGUGUUCCACGUGAGCUAGAAAACACCUGUCAGUCCCACUGCCCUGAGUUUCUUCUGCCCGCGUGCGGUUUGCCGGGCCCGUUCACCUGCGCGAGCCGGACGGUCCUACUCUUGCAGCCCGUCCUUCCUGCCCGGAGCGGCCCUGGACGGCUCUUGGGCUCACGGCGGUCGAGUGCUUUAUUGUUCCGAAAAGCCAAAGGGCCGGUCCACUCGGAUGCUGUGCCGUCCGGGCCCUGACCGACCACCGCCGACGGCCGUGUUUGCCGGAGGCCAGCGCCGCCGGCCGCCCGAUGCCCUUACCAAAGCCGCACCUGCCAGCUGGGAACCGUGACCUCAUCAGACCCGCCCCUCGCCCUUCCCCGAGGGGGGAGCCCAACGCUGCUUCACCUUCUAAAGGCAGGUUUGCUUUCUCUGCUCGCUGAUUUGCUGAGGGCCAGCGAAUAACCCUCAAGGUGCCCUGUCAUCACAUCUAGUAUUUCUUAGCCGCGGAGAUGUUGGUAUCAUCGGGCUUGCAGGGCUGCAGACUGGGGGGGAGGGCGGUGGGGGGGGGGCUGGCUGGUGGGGGGGGCAUAUGUCGCAGAGCACAGUAAGCAGCCACCUCCCAGGGCUGGGUCCGGCCUGGGCGGACCAUUGUACCGUCUGCUACAGAAAUUAAGACGCAUCCUUUUCCUUGAUACUUUCUAGUUUUGCGGCCCCGGGUGCCGGGCUGUUUCCCAAGGUGCAUUUUUUUCUCGUGUACUUUUAGCUACUUCUGUCAUGUAGCCCUGGGCUCUAAAUCAUUAAACGCAAAAUAUUUUCCUGAAUGAGUUCAAUUGUUAACCU